UUAUACACAAAGCUUAGGAUCCAGCCUCUUGAUCAAACAGUAACCUCUACUCUCUUGGACUUUGAAAGUUGUAACCAAAAUCUCUUUUUCUCAGUAUAUUCAUCUGUGCCCAGAAGAACACAGAGAAAGUCAGCAUGAGUACUACAGGGAAAGUUAUCAGGUGCAGAGCAGCCAUACUCUGGAAGCCUGGUGCACCAUUUUCCAUUGAAGAGGUGGAAGUGGCCCCACCAAAGGCAAAGGAAGUUCGAAAACUAUAUUACUCUUUGCCUUUCAUACAGAUCGUAGCCACGGGGUUCUGUGGUACAGAGAUGAAAAUGCUGAAGAGUAAAACCCUUCACCAUGAUCACUAUCCUAUCAUUAUGGGCCACGAAGGAGCUGGAAUAGUCGAGAGUGUGGGAGAAGGAGUGAGCACAGUGAAAACAGGAGAUAAAGUCAUCACACUCUUUCUGCCACAGUGUGGAGAAUGUGCCUCUUGCCUUAAUUCUGAGGACAAUUUUUGCAAACAAUUCAAACAGUCAGAAACCAACUUGAUGUCCGAUGGUACCAGUAGGUUUACCUGCAAGGGAAAACUAGUGUAUCACUUUGGGAAUACAAGCACCUUCUCUGAAUAUACAGUGAUAAAUGAAAUCUCAGUUGCCAAGGCUGAUGCAUUUGCACCUCUGGAGAAAGUAUGCUUAAUUAGCUGUGGUUUUUCCACUGGAUUUGGUGCUGCAGUCAAUACUGCCAAGGUGACCCCAGGCUCCACCUGUGCAGUAUUUGGCCUUGGAGGAGUCGGCAUGUCUGCUAUCAUGGGCUGUAAAGUAGCAGGAGCAGCCAGGAUAAUUGGAGUGGACAUCAAUAAAGACAAAUUUGAGAAGGCAAAGGAAGUGGGUGCCACUGAGUGCAUCAACCCACAGGACUAUGAGAAACCCAUUCAAGAAGUUUUAUUUGAGAUGACAGGCGAUGGUGUGGACUUUUGCUUCGAGGUCAUUGGAAAUCCAGAAACUGUGGCAGCUGCCCUGGCCUCCUGCCAUGAGAGCCAUGGGGUCUGUGUGAUUGUUGGGUUGACGAUUGGUGACCAACUCAACAUCAGUGGCCACUUGUUCCUCUCAGGACGUUCUUUAAAGGGAUCUAUUUUUGGAGGCUGGAAAAGCAGAAAGGAUGUCCCUAAACUGGUUUCUGAUUACAUGGCAAAGAAGUAUAACCUAGAUCCACUAAUUACCCAUACUCUGAAUCUUGAUAAAAUCAAUGAAGCAGUUGAAUUCAUGAAAACCGGAAAAUGUAUCCGCUGUAUCCUGCUACUUUAAGUACGAUGUAAUGUAUGCAAGAUCUGCAGCAUAUUUCACCAACGAAGUCACAUCCUGUAUAAUUUCAUGAUUUAGAAGAUUUAUCUACACAAUGCUGUUUCUAUUUUCUUGCCUCUGAUUCACUCAGCAGUGGGCUCACAUCUACCUUCAACCCUCACCACUUCAAAAUUGUUCUCAUGUCACCCAGGAACAUCUUCCUUAUUAGAGCUGGAUUAAGGUUGAUUUGAAUCCCUCAAUUCUGCUGCUUUGAGCAAACAAAGUCAUCCCAGGAUCCUCCCAUUUUCAUAGCUGUCUCUAUGUCUGGGCCCAUGUUUCCUUGCACAUUGUCUCUCCACCCCAUCAAGCUCUGCCCCAUUUCACACCAAAGAAACAAAACUCAUCAUUCAUGAGCUUAUUGAAUAUUCAAGUUGAAGCAAGCUGAGGAAAGGGGUCGGGGUGGGGGGUUCUUCAUCAAAUCAACUUAAAUAAAUCCCAGAUGAACAUUAAGAAUUUCA